CGAGCUGUAGUGAUGGAUGGAGUGACUGUCGGACGUCCGUGUUGUGGUGUCAAGGACUGCCAGUUACCUCUUCAAUCACAACGACAUCGGUUCUGCGAGCUUCACAAGAACAAACAGUUGGUCUGCUCGGUCAUAGGCUGUCGUCAACCCUCCGAGCAUCCUCAGUUCAAGACAUGUCUUCAGCCUGCUCACCGUGUUCUGGAGAUUCUAUCAAAGCAAGAUGCAUACUUCGUUCUAACUUAA